UGGGAAUUUCGCAACGCUUCACUCACUAAUCCACCAAGCACCACCUCAAUACCGCCAAAAUGGGUCGCGUUCGUACCAAGACUGUCAAGAAGUCUGCCAAGGUCAUCAUUGAGCGGUACUACCCCCGCCUGACCCUCGACUUCGAGACCAACAAGCGCAUCUGCGAUGAGAUUGCCAUCAUCGCUUCCAAGCGCCUGCGCAACAAGAUUGCCGGUUACACCACCCACUUGAUGAAGCGUAUUCAGCGAGGACCCGUCCGUGGUAUCUCCUUCAAGCUUCAGGAAGAGGAGCGUGAGCGCAAGGAUCAGUUCGUCCCCGAGGUCUCCGCUCUCGACUUCUCCGAGGCUGGCCAGCUGGAUGUCGACAACGAGACCAAGGACCUGCUCAAGCACCUUGGCUUCGAGUCCAUCCCCGUCAACGUCAUCCCCGUCUCCCAGGCUCAGGCUCCCGAGCGUGGCCAGCGACGAUUCGGCGACCGCCCUCGCCGCGACUAAAAAGGUUUUUUUGUGGGAAAAUAUUGGGUCUCUGGUUUUGCAACAUUUUGCAGGUUGGCGUCUCAGGAUGGUAGUGAGUGCAUAGAUCUCGAAAAAGAAAGAUCUUCUACCCCACAAGGUGUCGCCGAUUCUCUGAUUAAUUUCGAGAUGACGCUUGAUUGCCAAAAAACCGUCCCUCUCUUCACGCUUGUCUGUGAAUGUGACUGAACAUGCAAGGUUGCAUUGAGCUGGAUAUGCUAUUUCGCUCUUGUUCAAUUUCACCUAACCGGUGACUUCGGAAUAGGCGAAGAUAUGCGACCAAAUCAAGUUGCCAAUGGGUAUCAUUAUAUAUGCCCGAACCACGUAUUUUUCUUGUUUUCCAAUACAUGCAUGGCCAUGACCAAAAUUACAGCCC